UUGAUAAAAAUAUUGCAAGAAAGACCUUGCAAAACCAGUGACAAGGAGGAGAUUGAUAUUCAGAUGAAAUUUGACUGUUCAAUCAAAUCAUAUUCCAUACGUUAUACAAUCUUGUCUACGUUCUCGGCGAUAAGUGCUGUAACGGGAGGAAUGCUUUUUAUAUUAGAUGGUCAGAUACCUUAUGGGACAGUAUGGGUACCUUGGGAUUGCACUUCGUUUCUUUUAUUCUAUCUUACGUCUUUUCAAGAGAUUGCAGCAGUGCUUAUUGCCGUUGUUGUAAAUAUUGCGACGGAAACAACGAUUUUAGGAUUUUGCUUACAAACAUGUGCACAAUUCGAAAUUCUGAAGCAUCGCCUUCAAAAAAUGGCAAAAGAAAAACUUGAUGAAAAGGAAAGAACAUGGAUACUGAAUAAUACAUUGAAUAAAACAAGCAGAUUAUCGGAACACGUUUCCCAUCAUCUAUGCAUAAUCAGUCGAUCACAGGCAAUGGCGGCGCAAGCAGCGGAUGAGCUCUUCAGCACACUACAGCGAUAUCGAUCGCUGUUUCUAGUACUCGCCACAUGA